AUACGUACAGUUUUCAAGUCUUUACAUGGCUAAAUGGAUGCAGCUCCUUGGGGUGAAUCGACUUUGUAUUGUUGCUUUAUGUCGAUACACACUCUAACUUCAUUUUCAAUCUUGCACUUUUUCAUAUGCAGCGAUUCAUACAUGUAAACAGUGAAUACAUCAUUACACAUUUUUUUGUGCUUUUUACAAGUGGGCUACUGGAAUCACUCAAGUAAAAAUUAGAUUUCUGUCACAAAAUGUUUAAAGACCAGCUUAAAGGACGUAAAGUCCCCAAGCUACACUACAGAAACUGGUUUCACUAAGUUUCACUAAAUCCCUCUGGUGUUGAGCUUACUCAACACCACUUGAAGAAUCAGUAGAAAACAGCCCUUAGUAAACACUGGUGACGUUUUAUAUAGAAACUUGAGUCUGUGUUAAUGGUCAAAUUGGACGGAAGCUAAUUGACAUGUAAAUUGAAUUAUAUGUUAAGUAACUUUAGAUUAUGGAAACUAUUGAACUUUUUUAAAUAAAUUGAUUUGACUGUUUUCUGUUGGCUGUUUGCUCGAUGUUUGAUUAAGCAGGUCUGAAAGCGUCCACAUGACGUGUGCAACUGUUGCCUUCAAGUGCUGUCGGACGGAUUGAGAUUGACAUAAAGUGGCGCAAAUAAUCAGCCUCCUGUCACACAGCCACACCAAAAAACGCUAAAAGUUUAUAAUUUCCAUUAAAUACGAGGUUUGUUUGUAACCCAGGAGUUCGUAGACUGUAGAGAAAGAUGAGGAAGAAACAGUCCACUGAUGAAAGAGGGGAAGUUGCAAUAGCACGUGAACGCAGCACAGCUACCGAGUCGAUGAAUAUAUAUAUAAAAGUGUCGACUCGACAUCAAUGACAGGAAAACGGUUUUGUUCUGUGAUUUUACUCUCACGUGAGAUAAAAGUGAUCAUGUGAGAUUGCUGCAGUUUCUAGUAUGACGAAUAAAAUAAAGCCAAAGUUUUGGAAAAGACUCAUUUCCCAAACCACCUCAGUAACUCAUGUGUCGUGGCACCCAGAGGAGUCUGUAUGCACAAAGAACCCGUGAGACACCAAGGAGAGGCUUUCUUCCAAAAUGGACUCCGACGUGUGCCCCGCUGAUCAGUCAGACUCCUCGUGUUCUGCUCCUGUUGAUGAAGCCUCAGAGGUUGAGAUCAGCAGACAAACUGUGGCAGCUCCGCCAGGUUCAGAGGUGGAGGAUGUUGACUCCUACAGUCUGAUCGAGCCUCCUCCGUUAGACUGGAGGUCUGACUCCUCCAGUGAGCCGGGCUCAGCAGAAGACCUGGAUGAUCCCAGCUUCCCUCCCUCUGUUGACAAUCCGGACAAGGCGAGUCCGGGUCAGCCAGUAUUACUGCUGAGUGACACUGUGGCUCAACGUGACGUGAACCAGCAGGAGCUUGUGGGAAAUAUCUCAGCGCCAGUCCAGGACAUCCAGGUGGAACUGGAAGAAGCGGAUGAAGUAGUGGAGGAAAAGGUGAGGGUUGGGGACUUGGAGGUUGUUGGGGAUGCGGUGAGUGAUGCAGAGAAUAUGGUCGGUGAGCAGGAAGUGGAGGAUGCUAACAGGAGAUCGGGUGAUGACGACCACAGCCGCAUCCACACCUUGCUUAGCCAGCUCCAACUGAUGGGGGAAGAGCCUCAACCCAACCGCCGGACACCACCUCACCUCGCCCAGCACCAGUACUCCAGCAUGUCUGAGCUGGAAGCAUGUGCUCCCUCCCUGAUAACACAGGACAGCACUGAAACCACCGGGCUGCUGUUCUCUGAAAGACACCAGAGAGACCUGGUGGGGCUGCUGCAGUUCACAGAGAUCAGCGCUCCACAAAGUCCCACCUGUCUGCCCCACAGAGGAGACGUGGAUGCUGUGGUGUCCGUAUCCUACAGCCAGGAGGAUGCUCACAGGUUCUGGGGGCAUUAUGGGAACGGUCAACAGCAGCGGCACAGGGAGGACUCACUCGCCUCCCUGCCUGAUGAUGAGUAUCCUGAGCCAGUGUGGAUGAAGCUGGGCGAGGAGCCACCAGAGGAGGGGGAGGCUGCUGCGGAGAGCGAGCAGAGUGCUGAUCAUCCCUCAUAUAAAGACGUGCCUGGUCCGUGUGACCCUGAAGACCUGUUGGAUGGAGUGAUAUUUGGUGCCAAGUACUUGGGCUCAACUCAGAUCAAAUCGGAGAAGAACCCGUCUACAAACGCCCGAAUGACGCAGGCUCAGGAAGCUGUGGACCGCAUUAAGGCUCCAGAGGGAGAGUCCCAGCCGAUGACAGACGUGGAUCUGUUCAUCUCAACCCAGCGGAUCAAAGUUCUCACUGCUGACACUCAGGAAGCCAUGAUGGAUCACGCUCUGCAGAUGAUCUCCUACAUUGCAGACAUUGACAACAUUGUGGUCCUGAUGGCACGAAGGAAACGUAAAGGGCAGGAUGGUGACCUGGCCUCCAACUCUUCCUCUUCCUCCGGGCCUCAGAAGAAGUGCUUAAUGAUCUGCCACGUCUUCUCCUCUGACGAUGCCCAGGUCAUAGCCCAGGCUAUUGGUCAGGCGUUCGGUGUGGCGUACCAGCAGUUUCUUCAGGCCAGCGGCAUCAAGGCCAGCGAUCUGAGGCCUGGCGAGUACAGCGACUAUCUGGAGAGUCAGGAGCUCUAUAACGGAGACCUGGCCCACUUUACUGACUCUCAGAACAUCCGAGACGUAGCCAUCACCAAGGCUGCCGGAGAGAUCCUGGGUCUGGCGGUGGUGGAGUCGGGCUGGGGCUCCAUCCUGCCCACCGUGGUGGUGGCUAACCUCCUGCAUGGAGGUCCCACUGAGCGCUGCGGCGAGCUAAGCAUCGGGGACCGCAUCAUGUCUGUAAACAGCACUAGCCUGGUGGGUCUGCCCAUCACCACGUGCCAGAACAUCAUCCGGGACUUAAAAAGCCAAAAGUAUGUGAAGCUUAGCAUCGUCCACUGCCCGCCGGUCACGAUGGCGAUUAUCAGGAGGCCAGAUCCCAAGUUUCAGCUGGGCUUCAGUGUGGAGGACGGCAUUAUCUGCAGUCUGAUGCGGGGCGGUAUAGCAGAGAGAGGAGGCAUUCGCGUUGGGCACCGCAUCAUUGAAAUCAACGGGCAGAGUGUCGUCGCCACACCGCACGACAAGAUCAUCCAGAUCCUGACCAAUGCUGUUGGAGAGAUUCACUUGAAGACCAUGCCAGCCUCAACAUAUCGACUCCUAACGGGACAGGAGCAGCCAGUGUUUCUAUGAGCACCUCCUGCUGCAUCAAGGACACAACACUGCACAGUGUUCAAGCUGCAUGAACUUCUGCCAAACUAAGAACAUAUUAUGCAAUUGAUCAUACAGCACACCAUACGCUGUUGUCACACCACUGAACACAACAAACUGAUCUAGUAUUUUUAAGAUGUAAAGUACAUUGUUGUAUUGUGAAGCAUAUUUUAAAGCGACUGAGAUAGACGGUAGCUUUCUGUUUUUAUUUAUCUGAUAUUUAACGAUGCAGGCAGCAGCUGAGAUGCAAUAAUUCAUAAGCAGAAUAUGCAUUUUGACUUCACUAACUUUUUACAUGGUUUUGAGUGUCUUCCAGCCUGGUGUGCCUGAGCUAAAUGUUAUUGAACCUGGACAAAGAUCUGUGUUUUUCAUUGUGAUGUAUAUCAACAAGUGUCUUUCACACACAUUAGAGUGCUCUGGUUCAUUUAUACAAUGCUUCCCUGAAUGUGCCUAAUAUGAAGCAGAUAUCAUGCACAGUUAAAGGGUAACUGCCACAUUUCAUAGAGAGGUGCGUAUAUUUUUAAGAAUUUCGCUGUUUUGGAUGUUCAUUAAAAUGAUAUGUAAGAUAUCUUCUUGAUGUUAUUUAUUGAGAAUCGGUUGCUGCUGAAUAGGUUUCAGAUGCAAAGUAGCAUUUUUUCAUUUUAAAACAAAUGUCAUGCCUGUGUGCAUUGGACAGCUCUAUGGAUAUGUUGUCUUUGCAAUAUAUGUAAUUGAAAAAUAUAUCAAACUGAUAAAAGCACAGUUCUUUGUUACAAUUGCAAAUACAAUGCUAUUAAUUAAUAUCUCUACUGCUAUUUUACAACUAUACAAUGUAAUCAUAUGCUGCUUGGGCUAAUAAAGUAAUUUUAUUUCUGUAAGUAUCAUAAGAUGCGUUAUCCGCGAGCAGAUACACAACACAGCCCUGUCAAUGCCUGGCCAAUCAGCUGUCUUCAGUUACCAAAACAUAGACAACGGCCAAUCAGAUUCUUUACCGGUUUCUCUAAA